UCUGUGGAGACAUCACCCUGAACCAGGUAUUCACUGCAGCCCAUGGAGAACCCAACCCUGGAGCAGGUGGAUAUUCCCUGAAGGAGCUGCCGGUCCAUGGAGAGCCCACGCUGGAGCAGGUUGAUCUUGAAGGUCUGCAGCUUGUGGACACCCCACCCUGGAGUGAAGUGCCUAUCACCAUCAGCAUCGAACCAUCGGCUGUCCUUGUUGGAGAGCAAGUGACUCUGUCCUGCCAGCUGACAGACAGUGUCCCUUCUAACACGAGCGUGCUUUGGUACAAAAUGGAAAAGGGGAGGGAUGCUCCACUGUGCUCUUCCUCCAGCGUCGGUGGGGUGGUGGAGCAGUGCCAGGAUGAAGAACAGUGGAGGAUUGUAGGACACUGGCAGAGAAGAGCAUUUCUUCUGGUUAUCCGGCAAGUGCAAGUAGCCGAUGAGGGGACAUACAUUUGUGCUGUGAACAGCAGUGUUGUCACACAGGAGGCUACGACUCACCUUGAUGUUACAGCAAUUGGGGAUAAGCCAACUUUGGACAGGGAUCUGCAAGAGGAGAGUAUGUGUCGCUACACAUGUAAGUCAAAACAAUGGUACCCAAAGCCUGAAGUCAUUUGGAUGAACUAUGGAGAAGACACAGUAAAUGUUGAGGCCAAGACCAAUGUAAGCUGGAGCGAGAGAGACCAUUUCACAGUGCAAAGCAUCAUCACAGUGCCUUGUGAUAAUGUAGAUGUGGUGUGUGUAAUCAAACUCGUCAAAUCCAAGAUAAGCCGAUCAGGUUCCAUGAAUGAAAUUAUUAUGCCACAGUCAAGUACUUGUACAUACAAGGGCAAAAUAAGAGGUUCCUAUGGAAAGCUCAAAGUGAUGUGGGUUAAUCACCAAGGAGAAGAUCUAUCUUCACUGGCCCAGACAAGCAUUCUACAGGAGAUGGACAAUAUUUUUGCAAUAGAAAGCUCCAUUGAGAUACCCUGUGGACAACCACCACCUUCUUUUGUGACCACUGAUAGGGAACACAGUCCGCAGAUUUCUCAACAGUCAGAAAAGAGUAACUUGUCCUGGAUCAUCUAUUUCCUUCUACUCAUCAUUUUGCCAGCAUACCUUCAGAGGCAGAUUGAGAACCAGCAGAAGGAGAUUGAGAACCAGAAGAAGGAGAUUGUGGACCAGAGGAAAGAAAUCGAUGACAUCAAGGUUGAUGGGGACACAGCCCAUCCAAACUUGUCUAUUGCUGUGGACAAGAAGAGUUUUACGUAUAAAUCACAGGCCCAGAAAGUGACUCAAAAUGAAGGGAGUUUUGAUUCAUCUGUCUGUGUGCUGGGCUCAGAAGGUUUCUCCUCUGGGAAGCAUUACUGGGAGGUGGACGUUGAAAAAAGUGAUGACUGGGACCUGGGAGUAGCCAGAAAAUCCGCUCCAAGGAAAGGAAUAAUAUCUCUGUCACCUAAAGAAGGAUUCUGGGCUCUGGGCUUAAGUUUUAACGAUUACUGGGCAAGAACUGAUCCAUGGACACGGUUAGCGGUGCAGAAAAAUCCCAUGAAAGUCGGAGUGUACCUUAAUUGUGAAGAGAAAAUUUUGACUUUUUUCAAUGUUACUGACAUGUCUGUGAUGUUCACAUUUAAAGACUGUGCAUUCUCAGAAGAAGUUUAUCCAUUCUUUAAAAAUUCACACAAAGAAUCAACCAUGAGAAUUUGCUUAUUUAAAGAGGAAUAA